CCACUACCACUACCACCACUACCACCACCAGCCGUCAUCAACAAAGAACGAUAACCCUAUUUUGUAUAAAACGCUCACAACAGAUUUGGCGGCUGACGUAGAAAUUAGUUAACAGAGACUAGGGACGAAAGGAUGCCUGCUGGGAAAAGUUUACAAGACCGUUUGAGUGCUGGGGAGAAAGUAUUUGCUGCGGAGGGUUACAUGUUCGAGUUCAACAAACGUGGCUAUCUGAAAUCUGGUGCAAUGGUACCGGAAGUGGUCAUAGAACACCCAGAUCUUGUCACAAAAAUGCACGAAGAAUUCGUCCAUGCAGGAAGUGACGUCGUUCUGGCUUUCACUGUACGUUUACAGCACUCACACACGACCACCACCACCACCACCACCACCAUCACACUUAACCCAUAUUUCUCUCAUCCUUUACCAAUUAUCACUUUAUUGUCAAUCCAGAUUUUUUCCUUCUUCUCUCCACAGUAUUAUGGUAACCGCCACAAACUUCAAGUCAUUGGACGCCAGGAUGAAGUUGAACAGUUGAACAGAAAGGCUCUGAAAAUGGCGCGCGAAGUGGCCGAUAACACAGGGACUUUAAUGGCGGGGAACUUAAGCAACACCACUGUUUUCGACCCUAGUGACAAGGACACUGUAGAUACCGUCAACGCUAUGUUUAAGGAGCAAGUGAUAUGGGCAAAAGACGAAAAAGCAGAUUUCAUUGUUGGAGAAACUUUCUACUCCCUCGCAGAAGCCAUGUUGUCUUUGGAAGCUAUCAAAGCUUAUGGCGAUGGUUUACCUGCAGUAGUAAACAUCGCCCCUACUGCGAAAGGCCACACUGUGGAUGAUGUCCCAUUAGAGGAAGCUUGCAGGAAACUUGAAGAAGCUGGAGCUGCAGUUGUAGGUCUCAACUGUAGCAGGGGACCAAAGGCGAUGGUUCCUCUCCUGAAAAGGGUCAGACAAGCUUGUAAGGGGCCAAUAUCAGCUUUGCCCGUCCCCUACCGCACUAACGAGGAAAUAAUAACAUAUCAAAUGUUCAAGGAUCCUUAUACAGAACAAUACACUUUCCCGAGCAACAUGGCACAGUUCCAGUGCAGCAGGAAUGAAAUUGAAUUCUUUGGCAAUGCCUGUAAAGAGAUUGGAGUUCAGUAUAUCGGUCUUUGCUGCGGAAAUACGUCUGAUUACUUCCGCCUUCUGUGUGAGACUUGUGGAAAAACAACCAAGGCCAGCCGCUAUACAACAGAUAUGUCGAAUCAUUAUCUUAACACCGACAAGGGUCUUAGCGAAUACAAUGCAAAAGUGAGGAAAGCACUCCUUGGUUUGUAAAACUACCAACGAUCGUAUCGCUCGAAGAACUUCGCCCUUUGUUUUUUAUAACAACAAACAGAAAAUCUACUUCAGAUGUGACGAUGGUAUUUUCUUGAAUUCUGCAAAUGUAAAUAUAUUCCACAAUAAUUAGUAGG